ACGGGACCUCGGAGCAUUGCGCAUUUGUGUAUGGGACAAGGGCCAUUGGAGAAAUGAGGUUUUGGUUUAGUGAGACAUUUUUCAUACAAAUGGGGCUUGAGAAUUUUGGGCCGUCGAAACAAUGGCAUGGUAUCCAGGAGAAAGACAGUAGGAGAAGUAAUUUAUAGAUUAGAUUUAAUUGCAGACAGCGGGUGUAUAUCCAAAAGUCAGUCUUUUAAAAUGUAAAACUGUCAUGCUGAAAGAGUUCCACACCAUGACCAUGCCACACCUUUCCAUUAUUUAUAGCACAUUAAAAGCACUUCCAUUAGUUUGAGCUGUAUAUGUAUUGGCUUUCUGAAUAUUAUUUUCCAUUCAGGUGUCUAACGUAACAAAAUAGUGUGUCAUUUUUUAAACUCCUUGAUAAUCUCUUGACUUGCACCACAAGUUUCCCUUGUGUGGAAUCCAAUGUGUGAAAAUUCCUGGGUGUUUUAGGAAUUCCAUGAUCAGUGGAAAACCUAACUCAUCUGUUUUUUCCUGAUUCCCUCGCUCCCUAUCUGGGACCAGAUGGUAGGGAGCUGAGAUUAAAUAUCCAGAUGGAUCAGUUGCAAUCAACUGCCUAUUCCUAUUGUAUUGUCUCGUUUACACAUGCUGAACAUUAGAAAUGUUUUCAUUCAACUCUUAAUGAGUUAAUUUUACAUGACUUUUGUAAAUGAUGCAUAAACAUCACUUUGACUUGAGCUGCAUAAAGACACCUUGGCCUUCCACCAUUUAGCAGUCAGUUCAGGACCACAGAAGCCAAUUGUAAAUAGUUGUUUAAUUAAAAGGAACCAAACAGCAUACCAUUGAUUCCAAGCAUAUCUGCACCGAUCCAACAGAUGUGCCUAGCAGUGUUACUCACGUUAUUUCUGUUUGUGUUGACACCUCCUGCAAAUCUCUUUGGCCACUCAUGAUAUCCUCUUAAGUGUUGACAUAUCUGUUCAGUUUUUCUGUGUUGAUGAAUUAUAAUUUCCAGUACAAAUUCUUGGCUGGAAACUGAGCCGCAGACCGGAUCUCACUAUCCGUCAUUUUCACUCUCUCCCUCUCCGUGCUGUAACAUCUGGAGUCAAUUGGACAGUAUUAGGGCUCAGACAUCGUCGGGUGAAAAUCCCUCUGGAGGAUUUGCUGGUUUGGCACACUGCUCGCUAAGCCCCAUCACUAAGCGCCCUGACUGCAUCAUCACCGGGGUCUCCACGACAUCAACCCGGCUGCUUCUACUUCCCGUUAAUCAGACAGAUGGGAUGGUGUCUGUCUUGCUCUAACAUGCUACUCCUCUACUGCCGAUCUUACAGGUGAAUCUAGUGAUGUCCAUCCUGCUGUAUGUGAUGGUCCUCGUGUACCUCUAUGGUAUCCAGGCAACCAACAUGGACAGCAGUCGCCAGGGACAACAGCAGCAGCAGCAGCAGCCAAGUCCCGACCCCUUAAACUCCCUUAUCAUCCAGCUGCUUCAGGCUGACCUGACGAGGGGGAAGACCCGGGGGAACCAGAGCCAACAGGGGAAAAACAGGGACACUGAGCCCCAGGACACGCUGCCUCCUCUCCUCAGUGCAAACUUUCCUUUAGAGGAGGAAGGCGAUGCAGAGCAGUGGGGGGCGGGGGGUCGCAGCGGCGGGAGCAGCGACGAUGUGGUUGACCGGCAGGUGAUGCUGCUAAACUCAGACCUUCUAAGGCAGCAUAAGCGGUACAACUCACCUCGGGUGUUGCUGAGCGAUCGGCCACCACUGCAGCCGCCACCACUGUACCUCUCAGACGAUUACGUGACCGAUGGACUGGAUGGCGGGGCAGCUGGAAACAAGACGAGAAAGAAGCGUCACGCUGAACACAGGAGCUAUCGUGGGGAAUAUUCUGUGUGUGACAGCGAGAGUCAGUGGGUGACGGAUAAAACCCAAGCAGUGGACACCAGGGGGGAGCCCGUCACUGUUCUGGGCAAAAUUAGAACCAGUGCCACAAAGGACAUCAAACAGUACUUUUAUGAGACACGCUGUCGGACCCCCAGGCCUUUCAAAGGUGGCUGCAGGGGCAUCGAUGACAAGAACUGGAACUCGCAGUGCAAGACUACCCAGACUUAUGUUCGAGCGCUGACGCAGGUUCGCAAUUUAGUGAGCUGGAGGUGGAUACGUAUAGACACUUCCUGCGUCUGCGCUUUGUCAAGGAAACGUCAUAGGACGUAAACAAAACAAUACCAGCCCUGCUGGGGACUACAUGUUUGGAAUUCUACUUCCUGUAUAGGAUUUUAUUUCCUGAUGACAGUGCUCUCCACCACAGGAGUAUGCUUCAUGGUGGUGAAGAGCAACACUCUGCUAUAAAAUGAUGCUUCUACUGAAGAAAUCUUGGGUCCACUUAAAUGAUAUUUCACAUUGAUGUGCUGCAAAUCCACAAGCCGGUGCAGCGCUGCUGUUACAGAAGAACUCAUUUGAGAGGGGCUGGGGAGGGAGGGAGUGUGUGAGGGGGAACUGUACAUAUAAAUUAUUUAAAUUAUAUAAAAUGCAUGUAGUUUAUACAUGUUUAUCUAUCUAUAUAUGAUGUAUGAAUAUAUUGUGUUAUUUAUUGAAAGAAGUCUUCUUCAAAAGGAAGAAAAUGUCUAUAAAAAAAAGGAAUGAAACAACUCAUUUUGAGACUAUAAUACAAAGCUGGGCUGCAAAGGUGCUCCACAGUAAGACUUUACAUGUGCCUUGACCAGUGUGGCUGCAGAGCAGAGAGAUAGAACAUGGUAACUCACAGGCAGCGGUUGCUGCAUAUGUUCUGCGGGCAAACCUAAAAAGUGACUGGGGCCUGUUCUGUCCUACGGCCCAAAUUCUUAGCGUUGCCCCGUAAUGAGGUAUAAGGCAUCUUAUGACCGAAACACUGAUUUCAGAUUUUACACUGCGCCCACAACUGACCAUAUUCUUACUAUAUGUUGUAAAACACCACUUACAUCCAUUCAUUCCUCUGGGAGACAGUUUUGACCAAAUAAAAAAUAGGAAUUCCUCUUGUGGAAUCUGCUGGCAGUGACUGACAGUCAUCAAACCACCUUGACUCUGUUCACCAUGUUUUACUCUCAACUGAUAAUCAUAAGCUGUUUUUGUUUCUUUCCAUUAAUAAAAAAGCUAAAUUUCUUACAGUUGGAAACAUUUCAUUAACAAAUUCCCUUUACAAAUUUUGAAAAAUUGUGACAAAUAGUACAUUACUUCAGUGAUACUAUAUUAUAUUAAGACAAAUAAUACAAUCCUCCUUAAAGUUAUAUUUUGACCACCUGCUUUACUUAGGAUCAGAGGUGUGGACUUGAGUCACAUGACAUUAUUUGAUGACUUUAGACUUGAGUUAACAAAAUGAAAAAAGACUUGCAACUGCACCUGGACUUAAACACCGGCGACUCAUGACUCCACUUGGACCUUAGCCUUUUGACUUGAAAAUAUUUUAUACCUUUCCCCAAUCCCAAGGACUUCAAAAGUAUGUUAUUUCAAAAGUGUGCCACGAAUCAAUUCCUGAAUCAACUAACAUUAACACUAUUCAUUCCCAGCAAGUCGACAUGUAAUUCCCUAUCCUAUUUAUUUGACCCAAUCCAACAGCAUCCAGUCAAGUUGACCAGAUGCUGUCAUACAGAACUUAUGUCACAUUACUGAACGCCGAUUGGAUACCAAAGAUAACUUUGUUCUUUUACAAAAUCUAUGUGGUGGUCAACAAAGAAUUAAGAUGAAGAUGCAACAACUUCCAAUAAACGUGUUGUAACAAACAGGUACAAAUUUUAAAAAGCAGUCAUGAUUUUUGUAAAUGUGUUACUCUUUGUUAAAUGCCACAUUUGGUGAAGAGCACAUUAUGGCUUGUUUAGGACUCAAAACUCAAAGUUUAGGACUUGGUACAUGACCUGGGACUUGUCUUAACUUUGGACUUUAUGUGAGACUUGUCUGUGUUGACUUGGGACCUGACUGGGCACUUGAUUGCAAAGAGCUGAGACUGACUUGUGACUUGCAAAUCAAUGAUUUGGUCUCACCUCUGCUUGUUACCAACUCUAAGAUGGAGUACAUGGGAUAAAAGCUGGCAAAUUCCUAACAAGGUCAGUUAUUAGUUAUUGUAAAGCAGCAGCCAUUACAGAAGUCCCUCACACUGUUACUGUCCUGUUAUAAAAUGGAGUUGGGUUUAUGCUGCAAGUGUGUGUUAAAGUUAAAUCUCUCAAACUGCCACUUCUGAGGAAAAGCUUUGCUAUUGGCUUUGUGACCAUGGGAUGUUUUUAGUUUGAUGGCUUCUACAUUUUACAUGUCAAGUCUUUUAAUUAUGUCAUCUUGCUGACUGGAGAAUUAGCGCCACCUACUGCUUAUUUAAAUGAACGAACUGUCAAUAUUCACAUAACAGUAGUUGAUGGAAAAGUGCAUGAAUUUUCAUUUUCUUUUGCUGAUUUUCUGAAAAUUCAGUUCAAAAUUUGUGCAGCAUUUGGAUGGAAACCCAACUAUUGACUGCUGGUGUCCCCAAGUUGUGUGUUUAGGGACUUCCAGGGAGUUCAGCCAGGGAGAAAGAGUGACUACGUUUGCAUGCACAAAAUAUUCUGUUUUUUGCCCUUAUUCAAAAAAGACAUUUUUACUACUAAGCUGUUUACACUGCUAAUGAAAAGUAAUGUUCCACUAAUACUUCUGUUUACAUGCAGCUGUGCAUGCUAGUUGGUUUGUGUAUAUUACAUCAUGGAUAUGCGCAGAACUGACCGUAAGCAGACAAGAGUCAUAUGUCCCAAACUGUUGUAAAAACCCCAACUGACACCUAUUCAAAAUUUGCUUUUUACAUGACUCAUAUCAAAUACAGAAUAUUAUCAUAUAUGGAAUAAUAGUGGAAUAUUAGUGUGCAUGUCAACAUAAUCAGUGUUUGUUGAUCAGAGGUGUGAUCAGUCCUCAUUUAUACCAUCAGAUGUUUAACACUUUUUUUCACCAGUCAUAGCAUAGAGAGAGAACAGACAUACAGAUGGAACUUUAUGGCAUGGGGUCAGUGGUUAAAAGACGCACAGCUGACGAUGUAGAAAAUGAUGGAAAAGUGUGUUUCGGUGUGUGUAUGUGUGCCUCACAUCAUUUCACUCACAUUGCAUAAAAUAUUGCUCUAGAGGGACUUCUACAAUGGCUCCCAUUGUGUGUGGUGCUAACCCACAGUAUAUGCAGAAUGAACUCAAAGUCAAACUUCAAUGAUGGUUAUCAUCGCGGCAUCCUUGUUAUCUGAUAUUAGUCACAGUACUUACAGUUUUGAAAACCCAGAUGCCAAGAGCAAAGCAGCCAGAGUCAUAAUGUUCCUUAUUGUUUAUUUGCUAAUAUAUAAAAAUAGGUCCCAAUCAAGACCAAGUCAUAGAAAAAAGAACACGUCUUGCCUCAGAAACGGAAGUUUCAGACACAUCCUAAGCAGUGAAAAAGAACCUGUAAAAAAUAGGGCAAUUUAUGUGACAUUUUGCAAAGCUGAGAAACAAAUCUGAUUUCAUGCCAACAACCUGCAGCCUCCAUAAAAUGUCCUCAUAUCUGAGAUGAAACGGUACAACCAUCUGAGAGCAAAGCAGGAGAUCAAAAAAGACAGAACGACAUAAAUGUAAAGAGACACAUCAGAACAGCUGAGAAAAAAAAACAGAGAAACUGAAAGAUCGAAUUAAGCAAAUCCCUAAAAGUGCAGUGAGACAGAAACAGACCAGAGGCAAUGUGAUUGACAGAGAUAUGACUCAGUCAUUAUCGAAUUCCUCAGAGGUUGCUGCAGAUCACAGACUGUGUUUUAAGAGUAAAAGGUAUGUUAUGCAUUAGAUGGUAUGUGAAGAGACAGGAGGACUUAGCCAAUAAGAGGAUACCAAGAAGGAGAUGACUGCUAGCGUGAUAUAAACACAUGUCCUGGGUUACCAUGAGGUAUGAGUGUCAGUCAAAGCAAUAAGUAUCACUUUUAAGAACAUAUUCCACUGUGUUGUUUAAAAAUGGAUGGAUUUUCAGGAAUAAAGUUUUUUAA